AUGAGUAUCCUUCGUUUCGGUGGAAGCAUAUCCCGGGCUCUCAAGUCGCCAUGCAGGCCGAGGACAGUCCUCCCAAUUACUUCUACAGUACUGUCGACGAUUCCUCGCCGAGGAUUCCACGCUGCUCCAUCUUUGUGGGGAAUCAAGUCUCAGGUUUUGAAGGAUGUUGGCGAGGGUAUCAUGGAAGUCCAGAUCAUCCAGUGGUAUGUCGAAGAGGGGGCUCAUAUCGAGGAAUGGAAACCUCUUUGUCAAUAUCAAUCGGAUAAGGCGGUCGAUGAUAUUACAUCGAGAUAUGAAGGCGUUGUUAAGAAGCUUCACUUCCAGGCAGAUGACACUGUCCCAACAGGAAAGGCCCUAUGUGACAUUGAGGUAGACGAUGCGAAAUAUCCAGAUGAUUCACCGAAACCCGAACCCCAAGCGGAACCGGUCCAGUCUACUCCCGCUCCUGUAGAUACUCAAACGACGCAACAAACGCCGAUCCCGGAGCCCGUAUCAGAGACUAGGGAUGCCCCAAAAUCAAGAUAUGCUUCGCUCGCUACCCCGGCGGUCCGUGGACUACUUAAGAUUCACAAGGUCAACAUUCUUGAUGUCAAGGGAACCGGAAAAGAUGGAAGGGUCCUUAAAGAAGACGUCAACCGGUUCAUCGCGAUGCGAGAUUCGGGUGUUGCAGAACAGUCUGCAGUUUCUGAAACGCCCCAAACAGAAACGGCCGUCAACCUAACACCAAUCCAGUCCCAGAUGUUCAAGAUAAUGACCAAGUCACUCAAUAUUCCUCAUUUCCUCUACGCCGAUGAGCUUAAGAUUGAUACUCUCACCGCUAUGAGAAAGAGACUGGCCAACGACCCUAAAGAUCCUAUAAAGAUCACCUUCCUUUCUUUCGUUAUUAAGGCUGUUUCUCUUGCUCUGAGCGAGUAUCCUCUCUUGAAUGCCAAGGUUGACACGAGCGACCCUAACAAACCGAAGCUCAUCAUGCGGCCAAAGCAUAAUAUCGGAGUGGCAAUGGAUACUCCGCAGGGCUUGAUUGUACCAAACAUCAAAGACGUUGCAAACCGCUCGAUCCUAGAUGUUGCAUCUGAGGUCUCUCGUUUGAGCGCACUUGGAAAAGAGGGGAAGCUUACUCCUGCUGAUCUCAGUGGUGGCACAAUCACUGUUUCUAAUAUUGGUAAUAUUGGAGGAACUUAUGUUGGACCAGUUCUUGUACCCACGGAGGUUGCGAUUCUAGGAAUCGGAAGGUCAAGAACAGUGCCUAUUUUCGAUGAUGCCGGGCAGGUCACGAAGGGAGAGCUGGUGAAUUUCAGUUGGAGUGCAGACCAUAGAGUGGUGGAUGGGGCGACCAUGGCUCGAAUGGCCAGCAGAAUCCGGGAUUGCAUCGAAUCGCCAGAACUUAUGCUAUUGAACCUAAAAUAG